AUGACAGCUUUCGAAGAGAUGGGAGUGAUCCCCGAGAUUGCGCGAGCCGUGGAGGAGCAGGAUUGGAAUCUUCCGACAGACGUGCAAGCAGAAGCUGUCCCCCUGAUUCUCGGCGGAGGGGACGUCCUAAUGGCGGCCGAGACCGGAUCUGGGAAAACAGGAGCCUUCUCGCUACCUGUCGUACAAAUCGUCUGGGAGACCAUGAAGGACAGUUUGAGCGGGAAGAGUAAACACACGACGUCGGCGACGAGGUCAAAGCUUCAAAUGAGUGUUCACGAUCGUACACCGCUCCUAGCAGUCAGUCCCGACGGAUUUACUACUCAGAGCCGGGAUCAGAAAGCAUGGCACGGCUGUAGAGCCACCAAAGGCGUGUCCGGCAAAGGCAAAUACUACUUUGAGAGUAAGGUGACCGACGAAGGCUUGUGUCGGGUCGGAUGGAGCACGCAGACAGCCAAUCUCGAUUUGGGCACGGAUAAAUACGGAUACGGCUUCGGAGGUACCGGGAAGAAGUCCUUCAAUAAAAGUUUCGAUGCGUACGGGGAACCUUUCGGGAUUCACGACGUCAUCGGGUGCUAUUUGGACCUCGACGAGUUCACGAUAAAAUGGUCUAAGAACGGCGUCGACUUGGGGAAAGCUUUCUCGAUUGCGACUCAUCUACAGAGGGAAAUAUUCUUCCCGGCGGUUGUUCUGAAGAACGCGGAGAUGUCUUUCAAUUUCGGGAACGUGGAAGCCUUCAAAUACCCGCCAGCAGCGGGCUUCGAAGCCUUUGGCAAGGCGACUUCCCUAAGAGAGAACUCGAACUGCGGAGCUCCGGAGGCGGUGCAUAAAUACGAGCCGCAUGCUCCGCAAGCCAUAAUCCUGGAACCCUCGAGGGAACUCGCCGAGCAGACGCUAAAAUGCUUGGAGAGCUUCGCGAAGUAUCUCAGCGAUCCGCAAGUGAAGUGUUUAUGCGCAACGGGCGGAGCAUCCGCGAACGAGCAGCUCAAAGCUCUCCAAAGCGGCGUCGAUAUCGUCGUGGGAACACCAGGACGACUAGAGGACCUGGUCAGCACCGGGAGACUAUCCUUGAAGCAGUGUAAGUUCCUGGUUCUGGACGAAGCCGACGGACUUCUGAAGGCUGGCCACGACAAUCUCAUCUGGAAGCUCCACAGAGAAACCCCGAAAAUCACGGCCGACGGAAGACGCCUUCAGAUGAUCGUGUGCUCAGCUACACUCCACAAUUUCGAAGUCAAGAAACUCGCAGACCAACUGAUGAACUUCCCGACCUGGGUCGAUUUGAAAGGAGAGGACAGUGUUCCUGACACGGUGCACCAUGUCGCUGUCAUCGUGGACCCGUCGAAAGACAACAGCUGGAGAACCCUCCGGACUCACAUCCAGACCGACGGAGUUCACGCGAGAGAUAAUCUCGCAGGCCCAGAAGGGGCGUCUGAGGCAGUCAAAAUACUCAAGGGGGAAUAUUGCGUCAAAGCCAUCCGAACCCUCAAAAUGGAUCAGGGGAUCAUAUUCUGCCGUACGAAACUCGACUGUGAUAAUUUAGAGCGGUACUUCGAGUCGCUGGGGGGCGGGCCCCGGGGCUCAUCUACUUCUGAUCUCACUUGUGUGUGCCUCCAUGCCGACCGUUCCCCGAAGGAGCGAAGCGCGAACCUUCAGGCCUUUAAAGAGAAACGAGUCCGCUUCAUCAUUUGUACGGAUGUGGCCGCCCGUGGAAUUGAUAUCAAAGGUGUGCCGUACGUGAUAAACGUCACUCUACCCGACGAUAAGGCCAACUACGUUCACAGAAUCGGGCGCGUAGGCCGCGCCGAUCGGAUGGGACUCGCGAUCUCUCUGGUGGCAUCUGCUACAGAAAAAGUUUGGUACCAUUCGAACUGUAAAAACCGUGGGGUGGGUUGCCACAACACGAAUCUAACAGAUCAGAGAGGCUGUUGCAUCUGGUAUCAGGAAAAGCAACUGCUGGGGGAAAUCGAGGAGCACUUGAAGGAUACCAUCAAUCAGGUUGACUCUAGUUUCGACAUCCCCAUUUGCGAGUUCGACGGGAAGGUCACCUACGGUGCGAAACGUCAGAAAACCUCGGCGGGUCUCUACCAAAACCACGUACAGCAGAUGGCUCAGACGGUAGCGGAACUCUCUGAUUUGGAGAAACAGGCUCAGAGUUCCUAUUUAUCUCUCAUGUCCAGCGAGUUCUAGAAAGAUGUUGGACUCGAUCGAUUGAUGCAUGGCAAGGGGAGGAGAACGCAUGAAACUUCUAAUUUAAAUUCGAAAUGCUUUACAUCCGCAACGCGCUUAUGGAUGGAGCUUUGUGGAUGGCGGAGCAACGCCCUCAUAUUUAUUCACUCCCAUUGAGAGAAGAGUUUGAAUAAAGAGCCAAUUUUGGAUCUGCUUCU